AUGGUGCCGGCUCAGUCCAUGGCCGCGGCGGCGCCCGCCGGAGCCGCUACCGACGGGGGAGGGGGGCCUCCAUCGCGGGUCACGUGGGGGGGGGGGGCGCGCGCCGCGUCACGUGGAGGCCCGGAGCGCGGCUGUGAUUGGUCAACGCCGAUCACCCCCCCCAACCCCCCCCUUCCCCCGCGCCCGGCGGCGCCGUCGCGCGUCCCCUCAGGGGCGGCUGAGGGGGAGCCGCAGCAGCGCUCGGGGCUCUGCUCGGGCCGCGCCGGUGCCUCCUCGGCUGCCGGUUCGCUCCUCGGCCGCAGAGGAAGGAGCUGUGAAGAGGAAGGACGUGGCUCUGCCCCGGCAGAGGCGCUUCGGAGGGUGUCGCUUGCGAAAGGUGUCAGCGCUUCCUGUGGCGCGCGCCGGCGAGAGGAGGAAGGUUGCGGUGCGAUGGGGCCCCCGGCGGAACAGCCUCAGGCUCGCUCCUGUGGGAGGCUCCUGUUAUUAAUAGCGGGAUCUCCACAAACCAGGAAAGUGAGGCACGCCACACGCGUUCACAGCUAUUUUAAGACUUUGCUGAUGCUCCUCCAACCCAGGAGUAACGAGGUGCCACAGCUAAUGGCAGUCACGAGACAGAAACCACUGUAGUGUUGGAAUGGAGGUAAAGGAUUUCUCUGCAGUUCCAUCCAGGGCAGUAAAACCACCAGGGUUGUGACAAGAGGAAGUGCAAAUAAUUAAUACUAGAAGAUCAAAUUAAAGGAGUGGCUUUGCAAGAAGUGACUAAUGUUGACUCUGCUCUGGGAAGGCCCAGAUUGCGUUGUGGAAAGAGGAGCUUGAGUGGCCCCCAGAGCACGGCACACAGCAGGCAGGGACUCAGCUCGGUGGCACCAUGGGACACCUCUCUCCUGCAAAGAAAGGGCUGCUUGCUUCUCAGCUCAAAGGCUGCUGCUCACAGCAUCCCCAGCACUGCAGCAGUUUGAUUGUUGUGUACAGAGAAAGCAACACCAAAGCAUCAAACACGGACCAACUUGGGGAACAUUUUGCCAGCGGCUGAUACAGUGGGAAGCGCAUCUCAAAACAGCAGGGCAGCAGAGCAAAACAAAAGCCACAGAGCCAGAACUGUUGUGUCAUUUGGCACAUCCUGGCACUUCCCUUAAUUCUGCUUCAGAACUUGCAAGGGAAGGCCAAAGCUUCUUAUUUGCUAAUUAGGGUUUUACACGAUUCAAACACUGAACAAAGGACAUCCCCAAACAGAAACCUGCCAGCCUUCAUGCCCCUGCCAACAGGCUGAUGUCUCAGUUCAGUGCUCUCCCAACACAGAGUGAAAGAGCUCUGGACAAUGACAUAUCCAAAUGUGCACACACACACAUUUUUAUGCUAGCAUGCACACAUUACCUCUGAUCAGGUUUUAAAAGUUCCACCUCCCUGUUUUUGUUAAGGACAGACACCCUACAGACAGGGGUGAAACAGGCAUUAAAACAGCAGACCUCUAUUUUAUGGUGUCAAAUGGCUAAUUAUAGUAAUUAAGGAUCUUAAAGUCCCUUAUCAAGAGGCUUUAUCUAAGAUGGCUUCAUGCCUGUAAUCAGAGUCAAUGAAAAAGUGUUUGAUAAGCCAAGAAGGCAACUAAAACAGUCUGAUGAGUUGCCAUCUGCUCAAGCCACCCCACCCCCUGAGUCCAGCAGUGAGCCACUGCAGGACACUGACAACCAGGUUGUUUUCCUGUCC